CCACCUGCCCAUGCCAGCUCAUCAAGGUGGCCCCUCCCUCACACUCCAGUUUCUAACAACAGAGGCUGUUGCUGCCGGAGCAGGGCCCAGGGCGACUAGCCCCAGCCCCACGCGCGGCCCAGCUGCAGGAACUCAGCUCAGAGGGGCCGAACUGUGAUCUCUGCCCACCACCUCUCUGUCCUCUGGCCUCCUGGGCCUCCCCGCCCAGCUGCUCCCAAGCUGGACCCACCUGGAGACCCCGCUCGCUCCCGGCAGCCCCGGCUGCUGGGACAGAUCCCAGUGCCGGCAGGGGCUGUGGGAGGACCCCGGGGUCUGCACUGCUCCCCGGAUGGCCUGCUCUUCCUGACGGCCGGGGCUGCACCCUGCGUCCACGUGAUGGACCUCGAGGGACGCUCCAUCUGCCACCUGCCCUGCCAUCUGCCGGGGACUGGGGCCUUCGUGCCGGAGGACGUUGCUGUGACGGCCGCUGGGCUUGUGGUGGUCAGCGACCUCGUCCGUGGGGCUGUCCACGCACUUCAGCACGCCGCCCGAGCCCCCCUGGGCCGCUGGGUCACGGUGGGCACCCACCUGGCCCCCCGGGGACUGGCUGUGGAUGCCGCUGGCCGCCUUCUGGUGACAGACUAUGUGCUUGGGGCUGUCCACAGCUUCACACUGAGCCCUGCCUUGCAGCCACUGGCCCCAGCCUCCAUGCUGGGUCUGGAGGGCCCGUGCUGGGUGGGCCCAGGGCCUGACGGAGGCCUCGCCGUGAGCGAAGAGUUUGGGGAUGUGUGGCUGUUCGGCAGUGCCUGCCAGCCCCUGGGCUCCCUGGGGGUUCGGAAAGGGCAUGCUUUUGGGAACCCAGCAGGCGUGUGCACCGAUGUGGAGGGCAGUGUCAUUGUGGCAGAUGAGCAAGGGCGCCGUGUGACCCUCUUUCCUCGGGCCAGGGAGCCCGUCUGCCUGGUGUCUGAGGGGCUGGGGCGGCCCCUGGGUGUGGCCUGUGCCCCUCAGGGCCAGCUCGUGGUGGCAGACGCAGGGGACAGCUACAUCAAGGUGUACCAGUACCACUCGGAGCCAGCCUGACCCAUGGACUCAGAUGGGAGCAGCACCUUGCUGCAUGUGGGCCCAGCCCCCAGGGCCCUGGACCACUACGGGAGGGACAUUCAGGGUUGGUGGGGUCCUCCAGGGCUGCCGGCCGUGACUUUCUGACCUGAUAUAUUGGCUGACAGUUGCUAAGCACCUGUUGUGCCAGGCUCUGGGCUGGCCCCGUCCUCCUCUUGGAGAGGAUUCAGACUUGCCACAAACCAACCACCUCUCGGCCUUCCCUACCAGGUGCACAGCCUCCAAGUUUGGGUCCUCUCCACACCCUAGUUUAGUGGGCCCCCCAACUCACUGCCCCCAUGGCCACUCGGGCCCUGGUCCUGCAGGCUCAGAGCCCUGGAGGCCUGAGCUUUGAGGCCAGCAGCUGAAGACUGGAGAUGAUUGGUGUGUCGGGCUGGGCGCCCCAGGGUCCUAAUCAGACAGAAGCAGGCGGGGAGGGUUCUGCUGGGCUGGGCUGGGCUGGCAGGGGUGUGGCCUCUCACUGUCCCCCGUCCUCAGAGGCACCCCAGACGCCAAGCCUCUCGCAGCUUCUCUGGGCCUAACUGAGGUAAGGGAAAAGCAGAGGAAGGACCACCCCUGAGGCGCCUAGGGGUGGCAUGUGGCUGGGCUGGGAGCCUCCAUACCCCUGGUCUCCUGCUCCCAUGUAAGACUAUGUCUCAGGCUGAACCUUCACUUUCUCCUCUGCAAGCUCUCCAAACUCAUGGGUGGGGUGUGCUGGGAAGGUUCCAGACUGUGGUCAAGCCAGGAGAGCCUUCCUAUGAGGAGAGACUCCUGUUACUUGAGCACAAUGAGCAAAUGAGGCCCCAAAGGGAUGGGAGAUGAGGGCUUCCUCUGAAUCUGGGGCCCGGCCAGGCUCCCAGUUCCAGUGAGGGGACUCAUUGGGAGGGGACAGUGCCUGGUCCAGUCUGUCACCAGGACAAUGCCUCUGACAAGGUCCCUUUUCGUAUGUACCAGCCCCUGUGAGUGGCAGGGUUGUGUGGUCAAUGUAAGGAAGCGUGUGCAGUUAAGUGCUCAGUAAAUGUAAUCUGUUGCUGCUGGU